UAAACUUUGACACCUUAAUUAUUGCAUGAUUCUCAACUUUUAGUUUAAAUCCUUUAAACAAAGCACUAAAAGUCUCCCCCAAAACCUUAUUACAUCUCAACAAGAUCUUACGCCAACGAAACAACAAACGUCGUUCCUUGCAACAAUAUCCUAUCGAGUCAUAAUACCAAACCAAAUGAGUUCACCUGCAGCGGGCGACAAGGAAGCGGAUUACAAGCUGAAGGACACGAAACCAAACCUUGGUGAGCGAUGGCCGCAUGGAGGGAUACGUGGAGGGGGUGGGUGGAUAACGAGCGAGAGAGCGACGAGCACAUACGAUCUUGUGGAGCAAAUGUUUUAUCUAUACGUUCGGGUGGUGAAGGCAAAGGACCUACCGCCGGACCCGGUGACUGGGAGUUGUGAUCCAUAUGUGGAAGUGAAGUUGGGAAAUUACAAGGGAAGGACUCAACAUUUUGAGAAGAAAACAAAUCCCGAAUGGAACAAUCAAGUAUUUGCUUUCUCUAAAGACAAGAUUCAAUCAACAGUUCUUGAAGUUUUUGUUAGAGAUAAAGAGAUGGUUCCAAGAGAUCAAUAUGUUGGAAAAGUGGUGUUUGAUUUGAAUGAAGUGCCUACAAGAGUCCCACCGGAUAGCCCAUUGGCACCACAAUGGUACAAGUUAGAAGAUCGAAAAGGCGACACCAAGGUGAAAGGAGAGAUAAUGCUAGCGGUUUGGAUGGGAACGCAGGCAGACGAAGCAUUUCCUGACGCAUGGCACUCUGAUGCAGCAUCGGUCCACGGGGAAGGCAUCUAUAAUAUUAGAUCAAAAGUGUACGUUUCUCCAAAACUAUGGUACCUAAGAGUGAACGUCAUAGAAGCACAAGAUGUUGAGCCACAGGACAAAAGUCAACCACCCCAAGCAUUUGCAAAAAUUCAAGUAGGAAAGCAAAUAUUGAAAACAAAGCUAUGUUCAACAAAAACCACAAACCCAGUUUGGAACGAAGACCUAAUCUUCGUCGUAGCUGAGCCGUUCGAAGAACAACUCGUUUUAACGGUCGAAAACAAAGUAUCAUCUGCAAAAGACGAGGUCGUGGGAAGAUUAAUAACACAACUAAACGGAUUUGAGAGGCGUUUGGAUCAUAGAGUAGUUCAUUCACGUUGGUUCAAUCUUGAGAAGUUUGGAUUUGGAACAUUAGAGGGAGAUAAAAGGCAUGAAUUGAAAUUCUCAAGUAGGGUUCAUUUAAGGGUAUGUCUUGAAGGAGCUUAUCAUGUAAUGGACGAAUCAACAAUGUAUAUAAGUGAUGUAAGGCCAACAGCAAGGCAACUUUGGAAACAGCCAAUUGGGAUUUUUGAAGUCGGGAUUUUGAGUGCUCAAGGGCUUCAACCAAUGAAGAAGAAUGAUGGGAAAGGAAGUACAGAUGCUUAUUGUGUGGCAAAAUAUGGCCAAAAAUGGGUUAGAACAAGGACAGUAACUGAUAGCUUUAAUCCAAAAUGGAAUGAGCAAUACACUUGGGAGGUUUAUGAUCCUUGCACUGUCAUCACAAUUGGGGUUUUUGACAAUUGCCAUUUGGGUGGGAAUGAUAAGAAUGAUUCAAGAAUUGGGAAGGUAAGGAUAAGACUUUCAACACUUGAAAUGGAUAGAAUCUACACCCAUUCAUACCCACUUCUUGUGUUGCAACCAUCCGGAUUGAAGAAAAUGGGAGAGCUCCAACUAGCCGUGAGAUUCACAUGCCUUUCCCUUGCUCACAUAAUCUACCUCUAUGGCCAUCCCCUCUUACCUAAAAUGCACUAUCUCCACCCUUUCACCGUCAACCAACUAGAUAGCUUAAGAUUUCAAGCAAUGAGCAUUGUAGCCACGAGGCUCGCUCGAGCCGAGCCGUCUCUACGAAAAGAAGUUGUAGAAUACAUGUUAGAUGUGGAUUCUCACAUGUGGAGUAUGAGAAGAAGCAAAGCCAACUUCUUUCGAAUAGUUGCUCUAUUCUCAGGCAUCAUCUCUAUGAACCGAUGGCUCGGAGAAGUUUGUCAAUGGAAAAACCCUAUUACUUCUGUCCUCGUCCACAUCCUCUACUUCAUCCUUAUAUGUUUUCCUGAACUCAUCCUCCCAACCACUUUCCUUUACAUGUUUCUCAUUGGCAUUUGGAACUUUCGGUUUCGACCACGACAUCCACCACACAUGGACAUAAAACUUUCUUGGGCUGAGGCAGUUCAUGCAGAUGAACUGGACGAGGAGUUUGAUACUUUUCCAACUUCGAAGACGCAAGACGUUGCACGAAUGAGGUAUGAUAGGUUGAGAAGUGUCGCCGGACGGAUCCAAACGGUGGUCGGGGACAUUGCAACUCAAGGGGAGAGGUUUAAGGCUUUACUUAGUUGGAGAGAUCCAAGAGCUACGAGUCUUUAUGUCGUGUUUUGCUUACUUGUGGCUAUUGCAUUGUAUAUUACACCGUUUAAGAUUGUGGCUUUGGUUGCAGGUGUUUAUUGGCUCAGACAUCCUAAGUUUAGGAGCAAAAUGCCAUCAGUUCCUUCUAACUUCUUUAGACGGCUCCCGUCUCGAGCUGAUAGCUUGCUUUAAAGGUUCAUAUAUUGGAUCCCCACUGUUUUAAGAAUCUAAUUCUGAAAAGAUUUCUCUUUCAAGUCUUAA